AUGUCCCAGGUGUGUCUCCACCCUCUUGUGUCCUCGUACCCUCUGGACGAGCCGUGGAUGCUGGACCCGAAAGUGUCUGUCUCGAGCCUUCUCAAGGACUGCAACAAGCUCGAGGUCACGCUCAACAUCGUCAAGGAGGCGUGCAGCGCCGGCCACAGGGUUCUUGUUUUCAGUCGCUUCGUGCGCAUGCUGGACAUUCUCGAGAGGUGCAUCAAUGAUGACAGGGGGGAGGGGGGUGCGGGGUUACGGGUGUGCCGGAUCGACGGCGGACACAGCGACCUCGAGAGACAGCACACCAUCGCGCGUUUCAACGCCAACAACAAGAUCUCCGUUUGCCUCGUCAGCACCGGCGCCGGCGGCACCGGCAUCACCCUGACGGGGGCCGACCGCGUGAUCCUUUUCGACCCCUCCUGGAAUCCAGCCGACGACAUGCAGGCUGUUGAUCGAGCCUACCGCAUCGGGCAGAAGCGCGACGUGAUCGUUUACAGGAUGAUCGCGGCAGGCACGGUGGAGGAAAAAAUGUACGAGAAACAGGUGCGAAUCAACUCAACGGGUGCAAUUCUAUCGCGUUGUGUGUAGUUGCAGAUAUGACAUCCUCACGUGGGUGGUGCUUCUUUUGUUGUCCGGGCAACCUGUUCGCUGUGCUUGGUUUGUUCGGACAUACAUACCUCUAGGGCACAAUGCGUGCUGGUUUGCUCACCACCACUUCACAGCUGAUAUGAUGUGAUAUGAUGUGAUAUGAUGUGAUAUGAUAUGCAUACGACUGCAAGGGUGGACCUGUGUUGUUUUGUGUCCAGGCUGCAUACGUAGAGACUUGAGGCAUCUUUUGCCCCUAAUAGUCCCCUCCCCCCCCUUCCCCCUCGCAAUCUAGACUUCAGUGGGUUGGCGCUGUUGGCAAAGCGCUGUAAAACACGCCACCCCAAAUAUAGCCCCCAUAGUAUGCGCUACCAAAGACGCGUGACGCAUGGAUGCGUGGAGUGAGGAUUGCUUACGAAAACCUCACAGGUUGAGUGAUGUAGGAGAUUGCCGGACACAUAGACGUGUUGAGUGAUUAUAGCUGUAUACUGAAACCCCACGGAAAGGGGAGGUUUGAGAUUGCCAGACACAUAGACGGGUUGCGUGGGGAUAGCUGCUGGAACCCCACGGGUUGAGUGAUGUUGGAGUGCCGGACACAUGGACGCGUUGAAUGAGGAUAGACACAUAUUGAACCUCACAGGUU